UCUAUUCUCUCUACUCUUCUUCUUUAUUCUUUCUUGUUUUAUAACAAAUGGAAAAAUAUCAACAAAUACUGCAACUAUAGGCAAAUUAAUUUCAGAUGAUAACUAAAAUUCUAGUGCUUAUUGGCAGAAGAAAAGUUGAUGAGCAAUGAAGCUUAGCUUAAGCUAUAAGAAGAUACUUCUUUGGAGCGUUUAUGUUGUUCUGUUUUUUCAUAUAACAAAUGCUUCAUCAGACUCCAUUAGUAUCAAUCAGUUCCUGCAAGAUUCAGAAACUUUAGUCUCCAAUAACAAAACAUUCAAAUUGGGGUUUUUUAGCCCUCAGAAUUCGACAAACCGUUAUGUUGGUAUUAUGUAUAAUAUCCAAUCACAAUCUGUUGUAUGGGUAGCCAACAGAGACAAGCCUUUACAAGAUUCUAGCGGAACACUUACAAUAUCAGAAGAUGGCAAUCUUGUAAUCUUGAAUGGACAGAACAAGACUGUAUGGUCAUCCAAUAUUUCUCCAGCUGCGAGAAAUUCUACAGCCCAGCUCUCGGAUACUGGAAACUUAGUUUUGAAGGACAACUCCAGUGGGAGAGUUCUAUGGGAAAGUUUUAGUGAUCUUUCUGAUUCCUUAUUGCAGCACAUGAAACUUGGCACUGAUAAGAGUUCUAACACCACAAAUUUGUUGAAAUCAUGGAAAAGUCCUGUAGAUCCAUCUGAUGGGAGUUUCUCAUCUGGAGUUCAACCUGAAACAAUUCCUCAACUUUUCAUAUGGAAGAAUGGCUUACCUCAUUGGCGCAGCGGUCCAUGGAAUAAACAGGUUUUUAUUGGAAUACCAGACAUGACUUCUAGUUCUUUCAAUGGAUUUGAGCUAGUAAAUGACAAUACGGGCACUGCCUACUUCUCCUAUUCAUAUGUUGAUCAAGGUGUUGGUGUGAUGGGAUUAUUCUUGAACUCAACAGGAUUUCUGAUGCAAAAAAAUUUCUAUUUUAGGAAGAAUGAGUGGCAAGUAAUAUGGGCAACUCCUGCAAAUGAGUGUGAUUUUUAUGGAAAGUGUGGACCUUUUGGAAGCUGUGAUAAUAAUGGUUCACCAAUUUGCAGUUGUUUGCAGGGCUUUAAACCAAAAAAUCAAGAGGAGUGGGGCAAAGGAAACUGGACAAAUGGAUGCAUCAGAAAGACCGCGUUAGAGAAUGAAAGAAACAACUCUAACACUGAGCAAGGUAAGCAAGAUUGGUUUUUGAAGCUACAGUCGAUGAAAGUGCCAGAUUCCUCUAUUUGGGUAAAUUCAGGUCAAAAAGUUUGUGAAAGUGAUUGCUUGAGAAAUUUCUCCUGCAUAGCUUAUUCAUACUACAUAGGCAUAGGGUGUAUGCACUGGGAGAGAAUCUUAAUUGAUAUUCAGAAAUUCUCCAAUACUGGGGCUGAUAUAUUCAUUCGUCUUUCGUAUUCUGAACAAGAACACAAGAAAAAUAAAGUAGUCGUCGGGAUCAUAAUCCCAAUAAUUUGCUCAAUAGUCAUUGCCAUUGUGGGAUACUUUUCCUGCAAACUGUUGGCUAAACAUAGAGGAAGGAAGAGAAAGAAUGAUUUCUUAGCAAGCGAAUUUGAAGAUCUGCCCUUAUACAACUUUGACAUGCUGGCAAAUGCAACUGACAAUUUUCAUCAGUCUAGCAAGCUUGGGCAGGGUGGUUUUGGUCCAGUUUAUAAAGGAAAGCUUCCAGAGGGACAAGAAAUUGCUGUGAAAAGGCUUUCACAGUCUUCUGGUCAGGGGCUAGAGGAGUUUAUGAAUGAGGUUGUGGUGAUUUCCAAACUUCAGCAUCGUAAUCUUGUUAGACUCCUUGGAUGCUGCAUAGAAAGAGGGGAGAAAAUGCUGGUUUAUGAAUUCAUGCCAAACAGAAGCUUGGAUGCCUAUCUUUUUGAUGGACACUCUGAAGAGGAAUACUUUCUUGAUUGGAGCAAACGUGCGAUCAUCAUUGAGGGAAUCGGUCGAGGACUCCUAUACCUUCACAGGGAUUCAAGACUAAGGAUUAUCCACAGGGAUUUAAAGGCAAGCAACAUUUUGUUGGAUGAAUACCUGAACCCCAAAAUUUCAGAUUUUGGCAUGGCAAGGAUUUUUGCAGCCAACCAAGAUCAGGCCAAUACAAACAGAGUUGUUGGAACCUAUGGUUAUAUGGCACCUGAAUAUGCAAUGAAAGGAAGAUUUUCAGAAAAAACAGAUGUUUACAGCUUUGGAGUAUUGUUAUUGGAAAUUAUAAGUGGAAGGAGGAACACUAGCUUUGACCAAGAUGACUGUGCAUUAAGCCUUCUAGCAUAUGCAUGGAAGUUGUGGAACGAAAACAAGAUAGUCGAAUUGGUUGACCCCAAGAUAAUUAAACUGCAGCUCGAAAAGGAGAUUCAUAGAUGUGUACAUGUAGGACUUUUAUGCGUACAAGAAUAUGCAGAAGACAGGCCAAAUGUCUCCAUAGUUUUGUCUAUGCUCAGCAGGGAAAUUGAUGAUUUACCAUGUCCAAAACAACCUGCAUUUACAACCAGACCGACCUGGUCCAAGAAAGGCUCCUCUAGAAUUCAAGGCUCUGUGAACAAUGUUAGUAUUACUAUUAUGGAAGGACGAUAGAGAUCUUAUAAUUUUUAUGUAGGAAAGUAUAUUAUUCAUUUCCCACAUUUAUUCUUCUAUGUGAUUUUACAUUUAAAAUCCAAGUCUAAACCGAGCUGAGUCUUUUAACAUUGAGAAUUUCAGUCAUGAGAUUACCAAGUUAGUUUUGUUACCAAAGGGUAUUCCUUAUCUGAAUUUGGAGUUCAAAAUACAAAUUGCUUUCAUGCUCAGUCCCCGCCAUAAAGAAGGAACCCCACCUCCAACAAAUAGUAAUAGAAAAUGGAAACAUAUUUCCAUUGUUUGGUUACAGAAUCCGUAUCAAAUUGAGAAGAAGGGAAGAGUUCAUACUCGAUGUUGUUGUUAGAAAUCACGAUGGUUCAUUUGAGCUAAUAUUUGGUACACAUAGA